GCCCAGCGUGUCUUCUGUGGUAGAUCGUCUCCCUUAUUCUUGGUCCUUCCCUCUUCCCCAAAGUUGUUCGUCGCACUUGCAGGUUUCAAACUUCCAAUGGCUUCCGGCAAAGAAAGUGAAGAUAUUCCAACUACUCUUUCCUUGCCGCAGAACUUGUACAAGGAUCCGGACGACGGGCGCCAGCGUUUCUUACUCGAGCUGGAGUUUGUGCAAUGUCUGGCCAAUCCCACUUACAUCCACUAUUUGGCUCAAAAUCGUUAUUUUGAAGAUGAAGCCUUUAUUGGUUACUUAAAGUACCUUCAGUACUGGCAACGGCCUGAAUACAUAAAGUUUAUAAUGUAUCCUCACUGCUUAUAUUUCCUUGAACUUCUUCAAAAUGCAAAUUUCCGCAAUGCAAUGGCACAUCCUGCCAACAAGGAGCUGGCACAUAGGCAGCAAUUUUAUUUCUGGAAGAACUAUCGAAACAAUCGGUUGAAGUUCAUUUUGCCUAAGCCUCCUCCUGAACCUGUUGCUGCUCCUACUAUACCAGCUUCUGCUCCACCUCAGCCACCUGUGCAAUCAUUGCCAGCUGCAACUAUUGCUAUGACUGCUCCUCCUGCACCAGUGCUCUCACCCAUGCCAUAUGGCAAUCCCUCUGGAUCUGCUCUGGGAAAAAGUGAUAUGAGGAGUGGUGGAAUUGAUAGAAGAAAAAGGAAGAAUGAAAGAGUUUAACUUAACUAACCAUCGUUGGUUAAAACAACGUGAUUGUCUUCCUGUUGAGGUAAUCUAUGUUUUCGCAUCUUUAAUCAUGAAAUUGCAGCUGCAAUGUCUACCAAUCAUGUUCCUCAUAUUGCAGUUGUAUCAGCAUUAUGAUAGUAAAGUUAAUUCUCUUCU